UUUCCUAUAUUAAGCCAUAACAGCCCGUCACCCUCUUCCUUCUUUGUCUGUAUGAGUUCAUCACUUUAAAGUUGAAGUUCAGGAACUUUUAUAUCAAGCAUCCCUGGGAGCAUAUCCAUCACCGGAGCGAGAGAGAUGAGCGAGAGCGCGAGAGGCACUGCAAGAGAAACAGGGGGUGCAAGUUGCACCUGUGAACAAGUGGCGUCAGGGGCCGGACUUCCCCCUGAAGCGACAGACGAAGGAGUUUAUAAUGAUGAUGAUGAAGUGAAAAGAUCCAAAGCGAAAGGUAUGAAUGUUAAUAGCUCAAGUAAGAAUCUGGAAAACAGAGUGGAUGAACAGAGUGCCUCGGAAGUUUGUUGUCAUUUAGUGAGGCGAGAGAGUUAGGUGAUGUAAAAUGGCGACAGGGAAAAUCAGAAGUAUUGGAGGGUGUACUGAACUUCAACAGUUCAACUUUAUUUCUCCCUCCCUCCCUCAUUUCAUUUGACCCGUGCCCUGUAACCAAGAGGAACAGCUUCAAACCCUUCACUCCCUUAUCCUUCCUUCCUUCCCUCUCUUCGUUCACUUCUCCCGCCGUUCCCUGCUCUUCAGUCGUUGCCGGUGUGCGUGUGGCUGGGAUCCGUCGUAGCGCUGUCGAAUCGCAGCUUCUUCAUCCUCCUCUGCUUCACUUUCACAGGACUGCAGCCCUUCUUUCUCCUCCGUCAUCCGUUCCUCCUCCGAUUGUAGCAGCGGCGCUGAAGAUUCUUCCCUCUUCUCUGUGUCGUCGACUGUGAGUUGGGUGGAGCUCCUCUUUUCUCCCUCUUCCAUGUUCGAUGUCCAGCUCUUCUCUUCCGUCUCCCUUCUUGUCGUGGUGUUGGGCGUCGGACGUUCUCCCUCUUCUCCCUCCCUUUUGAGCGCCGCAGACUUCUUCCUCUUCUCUCUGUUUCGUCGUGGUGGAUCUGAGAGGCAUCCUAGAACACCAGGGAUAUGGAUAGAACAGCAAAUGGAAUCAUGGAAACCAAUUGUGGAUGCUGUUCAUGACAAAGGUGGUAUCUUUUUUGUCAGAUUUGGCACGCUGGUAGGGUUUCAAGUUCAGGAUUUUGCGCCCCGGGAGGAAUAAAGAGAAACAUUCUUUGCUAAAGGUUGAACCCUCCAUCAAUCUGCAUUGUCUAUGAAUAGCCCUUUCUAUGGUACAAAUUAUCAUGUAAUGUUGUCCCCUAAAAAACUAGUCUACUAUAAGUGAUCGAGAGAGUAACUAAACUUUUAUAUCACACUUAUUAUGGGAGGCUUUUUGAUGUGCAAGUCAUAGCAGCAUUCUUCCAAUUUCCAUCUUCUUUGCUACCUUAAAUUUGUUUGAAUUUAUCAAUUUUUACUUUCUUGCAGUAGAAUAAAAUAAAGGCUUAAAGCAUUUUUUUCCCAAAACUUUCUUCUAAAGAGCAUUAGGCACUGAUAUUGAAAGGUGAGGUAAUAUCUUCCUAAAUAAUUUUUUGAAGAAGUAAUAUUGCUCUUUCAUUGGAGACUCAUAAUCUUCUUUGUUAUUUACUAGCGUAGAAUAGUUAUGGGGUGCAUAUACAGUGACAUCAUUCUAACCUAUUUUGCUGCUAAAAUCAAGCCCAAUUCUCUCCACUAUCGUUGCACGUCCAGCCCCUUUAGCCCAUGUUAGAUUAUCAAAAUGGGUUAGAAUGCCUUGAUGUCUCCAUGUGUGGGCCCUAUGACUACUGAAUGCCUCGAUGUCUUGAUGUUUCUGAUAAGAUCUUACCCCAAAUUGCUUCAACACAAAAUUAACUCUACUACAAGCACUCUAUAGACUUUCAAGUCCAAACUUGCCCUUACUUUGCCCAUGAGUAGUUCUUGGCUUGCAUAGGCUUAAAUAUAGACUUGUUCACGCCUGUGAGCAACAUAAACUUGCUUCUAGAAUUUUGACUUAGAGACAUUCAAUAUAAUUUAACAUAAAAUCUUUUUAUAAUUUUGGAUUAUAAGUGUUGGAUCCUUCUUUUGAUUUGAAAGUUAAUAACUCAAAAAUAUUACAAAAAUAAAAAAAAUUAGGAUACCAAUUAUUCCUCCAAACAGACUUCAUAGGCAAAAUUUUUCUUUAAUACUUAAAAAAAUAGUCAACGUUGGUCAAACAUUACUUUUAAGUGACAUUGCACCUUUUUUUAAACAUCUAGUAUACAAUUGCUUUAAUCAAAAAUUAAGAAUACAAUUACACUUGAUGAAAAUCUUUCAAGGCAAAUUUGUCCUUCAACCCCUUUCAAUAUUACCUUCACAUGCAUCCUCUUUCU